AUGAGUGGACGAUACGUGCCUCUUGGCAGCAACUACGAAAUGACAACGAUUGAGGAGAGGAGCGUUGCCACUUCUUCUGCCGACGAAUACAGUCUCAGCGGUCUGAGUGACGAUACACACCCGUCCAGUGCCAAGAUUGACAAGAAUGGACACAUCACUGAAGUGGCAGAGAUUGCUGAAGUGUCAGAUGUGGGUCCGCAGAAGAAGAGGGGCUUCACAUGGGCAAAGCUGUUGUGGGACUCGGCAGAUAAGAGCCCAGCUGAGAAGCGUCUGUUGCUGAAGCUGGACUGGUUUCUGCUGUCGUCGGUCAUGCUCGGAUACUUCAUCAAGACUCUCAAUCAAAUGAAUAUCAACACUGCUUAUAUUAACGGUAUGAAGGAGGAGUUCCAACUCAAUGGAAGUCAACUCAACUACCUCCAGACCCUCUGGACGGUUGGAUACAUUGUUGGACAGAUUCCCAGUAACCAGAUUCUGCAACGAACUAGCGCUAGAUACUACUUGGGUUGUCUGGAACUUGUCUGGAUGGCUCUCACGUUCCUUACCCUCACAUGCAACAACAUCCACUCUCUAUAUGCUCUCCGAUUCUUUGUGGGCCUCACGGAAAGUGGAUUUUUCCCUGGAGUCGAAUACCUACUUGGGUCGUGGUACAACAGAGACGAGCUCACUAAACGGUCUUCUCUGUUUGCUCUAUCUGGAGUAGCUGCGGGUAUGGUUACUGGAUACUUGCAAGCAGCAAUUCUUCAUGGUCUCGAACACACUUCAAUUGCUUCGUGGAAAUGGCUGUUCGUGUUUGAUGGUAUCAUUUCAUUCCCUGUUGCUCUCUACACCAUGUUGGUGAAUCCCAAUACGCCUGAAACGACCACCAGUUGGUACCUAACUGCCGAAGAUGUUGCGAUAGCCAGAGAACGAAGACGAAGAGUGGGCGACUUGGAACACAAAAAGGAACCCAUCAGAGACGUUCUCAAGCGAACCUUUUCCACCUGGCACAUCUACGUCUUCCCCUUGGUUUUCCUGUGCUACAACAAUACCUGUUCGGCCAACUCUCAGCCGACUAUGAUUUCCUGGCUCAAAUCUGAGGGUUAUACACCCACAGAAUACAAUGUGUACCCCACUGCUGUGGCUGGAGCAGGCAUUGGAGUGACUCUUAUUCUAGCAGUUGUUUCAGACGCGUUCAACGGCCUCAAUUGGCCCUUCGUGGCCGCCUACUUUGCCAUUCAGAUUGUUGGAUCGGCCUUACUGUCCUACUGGAACAUCUCCAAUGGUGCCAAGUGGUUUGCAUACUUCGCGGUGGGUGUACCUACGGCUUGGGGACAGCCUAUGAUCUUUUCGUGGCUCAACAGAAGUCUUUACCACGACUACCAGAAACGAAACCUCGUCGUUAGUAUCACCAACACUCUGGCCUAUGUGACUGGUGCCUGGGUUCCUAUUCUCGUAUGGAACGCCAAAGAUAUGCCUCGAUACCAGAUUGGUUUCACCUAUAACGCCUGUUUGGCCGCUGCUGGUCUGGUUCUUACUGGAAUAGCAACUUUCUUGUGGAAGAGAGAUGGUCGAAAGGUUUUGGCAGUUAAGGAGGUGUAG